AUGCCUAAGACUCUUGGAGUCCACUUUGGAACUGGUGAUUUAGGUUUAAAAGUUGUCCCAAAUAAAGUCUCAAUCAAGGUAGGUACCACGGGCACAAUUGGCGCCUUGAUGUCUCAAGAACUAGAAUCCAUGAGGAAUUCAGCCCAUACAUCUUCCUUUCAGAAGAAAAAUAGAUCUAAACAGGUUUCAGUAUCAUGUGUUCAUUCCUCUAUAAGAACAGAUCAUGGAAACCUCGGUAAAGCUAAUAACAAGCAAAAAUCUCUUGCAAAUGGACAACUAGCUCCAAUUCUAAGCAAUGAAGCCAACACAGACAAGAACACAAGAACAAAAAGGCCCUGGAAGAAAAUACACACUUACAUAGUUGAAGCUGUGGAUAUAAAGUGCAAUAAUCCUAUGAGUAACCGAUUAAAGAAACUCGGCUUCUCCAAACUAUCUGAAUCCAUUGGUUAGUGUUGCAUGAACUUGUUACAGUCGGUUCUUAAGUUUUUGUAGCCAGCUCCUCCACCAUUUCUGAUCUCAACAAUGGAGCAGAUGCAUGGUAAGAAUCCUCCAUUGUUGCUUGGAAUUGACUGU